AUGGAACGCUCAAGCUCCGUUAUUGGCGGUGGCGACGGAAACACCGGCGACGGAAAGGCGAACACACGAUUUCGCCUCCUGGUCUUCUCCAUCCUCGUCAACGUGCUGCUCACGAUUGCGCUGUAUUCGUCCAUUACGCUCGCCGCCGUCGAGCGGCAGACCGCCGCGGAGAAGGCGUACGAGGCGCACCAAAACGAGGCACACGCGCUGAGCAUCCAGGCCGAGACGUCGGGCCUGCCGCGCUCUCCCAAGUCGCCGCGCUCGCCAAAGUCGGCGCAGGCGGCGCCGUGGGCGACCCCGAGGUCGGCGCCGGGCACGCCGCCGCCCAGCGGGCGCGUCUCGCUCGAGCUGCCAUACGCCUCCUUUGUCAAGGAGAUGAUAGCCGCCAUCGCAGCCGCGCCGCACGUGGCGAAGGACCAGCACAGUGUGGUCAAGCCGCUUCGACAGGCCCUGCAGGCCGUGCCGGGAGGGCUCGUCGCUGAGUUCGGAGUGUUCAAAGGAGACACGCUCAAGACAAUCUCGGCUGCUUGCGGCAGCGAUUGUCACGUCUUUGCCUUUGACUCCUUCCAAGGACUGCCGUCAAAGUGGCGUGACGGGCCGUCCAAGAGAUUCGAAAAGAAGUACACCGGCAAGGGCGCCUUCUCUCUCGGAGGUCAGGUGCCACGCCUCGGUCUCAAGAACGUCGCCUACAACGUCGGGCUCUUCAACGAGACUUUGCCAACGUUUUUGGCCUCGAUGGCCCACAAGGAGACAGCCUUCAUCCACGUCGACGGCGACCUGUACGCCUCCGCAAAGGACGUCUUGUGCUCGUUUGUUCAACGCGACGCCAUCGUGAACGGGACAGUCAUCGUGUUUGAUGAGCUCAUCGGCUACCCGGAGUUCUCAUCAGGGGAAAUGAAGGCCCUCCGCGACUGCUUUCAAUCCAAGCGCGGCCAAUUUGAGGUCCAGAUUCUCGAACGGGCGGUGAAAGACGUCAGGGAGUCGUACUCGCGCGACAUCUGGCCUCAGAGCGUCGCGGUCAUGAUGGUGCAGUCUGCUUUAGUAUCCGACUGUGGCCCAAUCAUGAUGGUGCAGUCUGGAGCCGCGCGAUCCUCCGCCGAUACGCCUGCGCCAGCCGUCUAUCGGCCAACCACGCUGCGGGACUAUCUGCACGAUCCGCUGUGA